UAUCAUUCUGCAGUAUGGAACCGUGCUUAGGUACGGGGAUACGAAGCAGCGUGGUUUGGACCCCGCGCCGCUUAGUUUCCCUUCCGAUUGGGUCGUCAUCGUCGUAGUUGUCGUCGUUGCAGUGGUGCUCACAUGGGCAUGGGGGCCAUGCAAGUAUCAAGGACACCACCAACAAGCUUUUAGUUUUACGAUUUCUUUUCAUGACAUUCGGUGUCUGGAGUGGAUUUCGAAACUGAAACUGAGGCAGAGAAGGAGAGAGAGAGAGAAAGGAGAUUGGAGAGAAAGCAUGGCGGAAUCUGCGUCUGGGGAGCAAGGCCAGGAGAAGCUGCAGCAAUUCCAGGACGUGACUGGGGUGAAUGACCCUUUGCUUGCCGAACAAAUUCUCGAUGCUCAUCAGUGGGAUCUUGGCGCGGCAGUUGGCACCUUCAUGGACAAAGCGGGGGUUGAAGCUUCCAGAGCAGAUGCUAGAGGGGGGACGAUUGAUUGGGAUACACCGGACGAGACCACUGGUCUGCUUGAAAGGGGACUCGUACCGGCUUCUGUGAGCCCGUCUCAUUAUGGAGCUUCAGAGGGUUUCGUAUUACAGUCGUCCAGAUCUAACUAUGAUAGAUAUCAGGGAUCUUCUACGACGUUUGAAGGGCCUGGGGAGUUUCAUGGUACACUACCUAAUGUUCGCUACCGGCCAGGACCUCAUGUUGUGUGGAGAGUAGUUGCCCUGCCCUUCUCAAUUAUACGAGGAAGUUUCAAUCUUGUAUACGGUGCUGUAGUACUUGGGAUGUGGAUUGCAGGAGGAGUGGUUAAUCUUGGACUGGGAGCGUUGGGGUUGCAUGGGUCAGAGCGGCGAGGGAAUCAGGUCUCAUCUAUUUCACUUGGAACUGCCGAUGCGGAGGCAUUUUUGCGGAAGUUUAAGCAGGAGUAUGGGAAAGUUCAUCCUGAUUUUCAGACAAGCAGUUUUAUGGACGCUCUACGUCUUGCCGGUCAGCAGUUCAAAUUCCUAUUUGUGUAUUUGCACUCUCCUGAGCACCCAAACACGCCCUUGUUUUGUGAGAGGACGCUAUGUUCGGACUCCAUUGUUCAGUUUGUGAACGAAAAUUUUGUGGCCUGGGGUGGGGACGUGCGAGAAAGCGAUGGGUUUCAAAUGAGCAAUAAUCUCAAGGCAUCUACCUACCCUUUCUGUGCUGUUGUGAUGAGUUCGAACAAUCAACGAAUUUCACUUCUUCAGCAGGUAGAGGGUCCUAGGACAGCAGAAGAGUUAAUGUCCACGUUACAGAGAGUUGUUGAGGAACAAGGUUCAGUUCUAGUGGCAUCUCGUGUGGAGGAGGAGGAGCGACAACUUAACCGUCGUUUACGUGAGGAACAAGAUGCAGCUUUCCAAGUUGCAUUGCAAGCAGAUCAGGAGAGAGAGCGCUUGAGACAACAAGAAGUUGCAAAGAAAGUCACCGAGGAGGCAGAAGAAGAGCUGAGGAAGAAAAGGGAUGAAGAAGCCGCUCGACACGCUAUUCAAGAAACUGCAGAAAGAGAGGCAGCCUUAGAACAACGAAGAUUGGAGAAAGCCAUGGCACUGGGUGUAGAGCCUGAGAAAGGGCCUGAUGUUACGCAAGUGUUGGUACGCAUGCCCAAUGGUAACAGGAAAGAACGACGAUUUCAGAGCAGUUCAAAGGUGUCAGCGAUUUAUGACUAUAUUGAUUCAUUGGGGACACUGGGAAUUAUCAAAUAUGAUCUGGUGACCAACUUUCCUCGCGUAGUUUAUGGACCAGAGAAGCGGUGUCUAACUCUCAAAGAGGCUGGCCUGCACCCACAUGCCAGUCUUUUUGUUCUUGUGGAGGAUAACUAGGAUGUAUGAACUGUACGUUUAUGCAUUAAGGCUGUGAAAUGUCUUGCGUAAGGCCUCCUUUUUUGGAGUGCUCGGUGGUCAAUCAUGGGCUCAAGCAAAGUUAUUUUCCAGUCUGUUUCCCGUUCCAUCGCAGAAUUUUGUGAUAGACUUGAUUGCACUCGGAUUAAUUCUUUAUAUUUCGUUCGUCCCUCAAACACAAUUCAAUUGCGUCGCUUUUUAGCGCAAGAAUCCAUGAGUUUCUUUUUCCGAUUUUCCCUUGCAGUCAACGCAUAGAAUUGUGCGUCUCAUCCACUGACCUGUUUAGGCAUGGUAAAAUUCCGUGGAUUCGGCCAUCCAUUUUUCCUUU